UUUGCGGUUCAUAGCAUUUUAACUAACCAGUAGCAGCUAAUCGCUUAAUGCCAAGAUAUUAUAAUAAUAAUCACCUAGAUAUUUCGAAUUUUAAAGCAAGCUAACGGAACAAUUCACCAAUUCGAAAGUAGAAAACUUAAAAUCCGGCGUUCAGUUAUUCGCGCGUGUUUUUGCCAAAAUUCUGUUGUAGUUGUUGCUGUUGUCAACCGGUCAUCAGCUCGCACACUCGUUAGUCGCAUUCACGGCGCAGAGCCUUGUCGGUCGCAAUUGUUUAUUUAAUUGCACGCUAUUGUUGUUGUUUGCAUACCCUAGGCCGUCGCCGUCGAACAGCAAACGCAGCGUGCGGCCGCAUCAUUACUCAUUGCUGACAGCUGGCAUUUUGGAACAUCAAACAGAAACAAACAAAAAAGUCAGUAAAAUCUAGAACAAGAAUAAGAACAAGAGUAGCGACGACACCCAAACAUGCGUUCACCGGCAUUAGCAUUUGUCAUAUGCGUGGCGUUGGCCCUGGUCAUCAUGACGCAGGCGGAACACAAUGCGCAUUGCAAGGAAUUGAAUCAAGUAAACUGUUAUAUGGGUCAGAAUGAGGGCUAUUUCUGCAAUAAGAAUCAACACACCUUCACACAGACGCGCUGGUUCUUCGACAAAGGCGCUUGCAAAAAAUUCAAUUACAAGGGCUGCUACGGCAAUCGGAACCGCUUCUGCACGAAGGAGGCCUGCGAACGACGCUGCCUGGGAUAAGUUGUGCCUUAAAACGAAGGUGUUUAAAAAGGGCAAGGUAGCCUUUGCCGCUUUCUCUAGUGUGUGAGGCGUAGAAAAAUGAGAUACUGAAAGAGGACCGCAGUGCCGCAGAGCCUCGGAACUUAUUUAACAUUUAUACUCGUAAUAUAGCGUUUAAUCAAUAUAUAAUAUACUACCAUUUAAGAUUUUAUA